GGCUACAAAUCUGUGAAUAACAGUGGGUUAGUUUCAAGGACUCUAGCUUAUGUAAUGUAUUUAAAGAAUAUUGUCGUCGUGUUUUUACUUAAAUGUCACGGCAUUCAUUGAUCUGUCGAUGAAUACAUCACCGUGUGCCAAACAUUGUACGUGUACAAUUUCAACAGUUCAAUGUGUCCUAACUUGUAUAGGCGUGGAUCCUAGUUUUUAUUUCUGAAAUAGUGAAAUUUGACAUGAACUCAUUGAUUUAAUGUUCGUUUACAAUUAAUAAUUAAUUGAUGCCUGUAGUUUUCUGUCGAAUUGAUGAUCAAAUAAUCUUCCUCAGUUUCCUGUGUAUCUCAAUGACACUCAUUAAUAUUUAUACACGCUGGAUUGGAUGUAUAAAGAGUAACGCCCCUCCGGACCCUGAGCACUCCAACAGGGUCACCCCAGGACACGAUGGCGGAUUCACGACCCACUAUCAAACUCCCUAUAGUGGACAUGUCCAAAUCCAAGACGGACCGACCCGAACUGGCCAAAAUUGUAGUGGACGCCUUAGAAAACAUCGGCUUCCUCUUCAUUGAUAACGUGGAGGGCAUUGACUUUGACCAACUUUUCCAGGCCUGCAAAUGGUUCUUCUCUCAACCCUGGGAGAAAAAGAAGAAGUUAUGUAGGAAAAACUGGGUCCCUGAAAACAAGAAUAUCUACCGUGGGUAUUUCCCCGUUGUGGAGGGGGAACCGAGUCGCAAGGAGGGGUUUGAAUUUGGCCGGGCAGUGGAACCUGGUGAUGUACAGGUGAAACCAGAAAACUGGUAUUAUGAAACCUGUCCUUGGCCGGAAGAAGACGGAACUUUCCCUUUUAAGGAAUACAUGACCUCCAUGUAUGAGGUCAUGCAUAACCUCGCCAUGGACAUUUUACGCUUGACAGCACUCGGUCUUGGCUUACCAGACGACGCCUUCACUUACCUGUUUGAUAACAAACCGUGUUCCACCUACCGCAUCCUGCACUACCCGCCAUGGAACGGCCCGCCCCCUAGCAACGCCCGGAUCGAGGACGGGAAAAUCUUGACAACGCCUGAUCAUUCCGACUCAAAUUUCCUCACACUCUUGGCAACAUUUAACUACACCGGUCUCGAAAUAGUCAACUGCGAAGGAAAUUGGGUUGCAGUGGAACCAAGGCCAACAAGUCUCGUUAUGAAUAUCGGCGACCUUUUUGACCGCAUGACCGGCGGGAACAAGUUUCGCGCCACACGUCAUCGUGUGUUAGACAUAGGAGUCGAUCGAUUCUCAGUUCCGUUCUUUUUGGAACCGUCCUACUUCAGCGAUGUCGCGGUGAACAUCAUCAAGAAACACAAAGGAGAAGAAACGCAUGAUCCGGAAAAAUACGGCUCCUACAUGAUCCGGGUCGCCAAGUACGAACGGAAGUACUUCGAGUAUAAAGUACUUCCGGACUUUGAAAAAGUUGGUGAGCGUCUUGGAUUAGUAGAUCCAGUGGGCUCCUAAUUCUGAAAUUUAGAAACUCGUGAAUCAAAAGGUUCGAUGUGGGUUCUUUUGUAAAAUUGAUCAAAUGAAAACAUCAACCUUAUGAACUGAAGUUUGAAACCAUUGUAUGUUUUUGAUAACGAAAUGUUUGAUUUGAAUGACCAAUUUUUGGUUCUCAUUUCUGUUUUAAGAUAAGGGAACAAAUCAUACACUUCAUGUACUUUGUGUUUAUAGUAUCGCUACUUUUAAUGUACUAGUUAGUACUUUAGAGGAAAACACUGUUAUAAAGUAAACACUCUAAUUACAGAUUGUUUAUCCUCCUAUUUAUACGUCACGCAGAACUAUAUACAGAACACGAAUUAAAAUGUGCUUUUCAUC